CGCGCCGGCCUCAGGAUGCCGCUGGGACUGAAGCCCACCUGCAGCGUGUGCCGCAGCACGUCCUCCUCCAUGUGGAAGAAGGGCGGGCAGGGCGAGAUCCUGUGCAACAACUGCACGGCCCGCUCGGCGCCGCCGCCCCCCGCCGCCUUCGCCACCACCUCGGCGGCCGCUGCUCAGCACAGCAACGGUGGCGGCAGCGGCGGCGGAGGCGGCGGCGGUGGGAAGCAGAGCAAGCAGGAGAUCCACCGGCGCUCGGCGCGGCUCAGGAACACCAAGUACAAGUCUGCGCCCGCUGCGGAGAAGAAGGUUUCCACCAAGGGCAAGGGCAGGAGGCACAUCUUCAAACUGAAGAACCCCAUCAAGGCUCCUGAGUCUGUAUCCACUAUAAUUACAGCAGAAUCAAUCUUUUAUAAGGGUGUGUACUACCAAAUUGGAGAUGUUGUUUCAGUGGUUGAUGAGCAGGAUGGAAGAACAUACUACGCUCAGAUCCGUGGGUUUAUUCAGGACCAAUACUGUGAAAAGAGUGCUGCACUAACCUGGCUCAUUCCUACACAAGCCAGCCCCAAAGACUGUUUUGACCCAGCAUCCUAUAUCAUAGGACCAGAAGAAGAUCUCCCAAGAAAAAUGGAAUAUUUAGAAUUUGUUUGUCAUGCACCUUCGGAAUAUUUCAAAUCUCGGUCAUCUCCCUUCCCUACUGUUCCUACAAGGCCAGAGAAGGGCUAUAUAUGGACUCAUGUGGGACCUACUCCUGCCAUCUCCAUUAAAGAAACUGUAGCAAAUAAUUUAUAAUUUUUAAGGAAUUCUUUGGACUAGUUAUUUUGUGUGUAUCCUCCAGUUUGUAAACCCCUUACAAGAAGUUUUAUAAAAUGUGCUGGUUUAUUUUA